AUGAUGGAAACUAAGAAGAAUGAGGUCGUCACCACGCUUGAGCGAGCUCAGACUCGAGACGAGGAGCUCAUGAAGUCUGUCCCCAUAGUCGGCAAGGUCGACUAUUCUGGAGCAUACGAGAAGACGGAUCCACGAGAGAUUGCACUCGUCAGGAAACUCGACAAAUGGAUCAUGCCCAUGCUGUGGUCUAUGUACUGGCUCAACUACCUUGACCGUAAUGCGAUUGCACUUGCCCGUCUCGAUGACCUGGAAGAAGACCUAAACCUCACCAGUACCCAAUACCAAACCUGCGUGAGCAUCUUGUUCGUAGGAUACCUUCUGGGUCAAAUCCCCAGUAACAUGUUCCUCAACCGAACCCGUCCUAGUCGCUAUAUGGGUAUUUGCAUGGGUCUCUGGGCCAUUGUCUCAGCCCUCACUGCCUUGUCUAAAGACUUCACCGGCCUCCUGCUCACCCGCUUCUUCCUCGGUGUGACAGAAGCGCCCUACUACCCCGGCGCCGUCUACAUGCUCUCCAUGUUCUACACCCGCAAGGAAGUCGCCACCCGCAUUGCCAUCCUUUACACCGGCAACAUCCUUGCCACCGCCUUCGCGGGCUUGAUUGCAGCGGGCAUUUUCCACGGUCUCGGCGAUGUAGGCGGCAUCUCAGGCUGGAGGUGGUUGUUUAUCCUCCAGGGAGCUGUUACAUUUGUCAUUGCCAUUGUAGGAUUUUUCCUGCUCCCAGAUUUCCCACACAACACCUGGUGGCUUACUCAAGCGGAGCGUGAACUCGCCACCAACCGCAUGGCCUUGGACACUGUCGGCAACAAGGGCGAGACCUCCGUCUGGGCUGGAUUCAGACAAGCCGGCAAGGACCCCAUGGUUUGGAUCUUCGCUGCUAUGGCGCACAUGCAUCUCGCAGCCAACGGCUUCAAGAACUUCUUCCCUACUGUCGUAGAAACGCUCGGUUUCGGUCAGACCAUCACACUUGUCCUCACAUGCCCACCUUACCUAAUCGCCGGCGCCGUCACAAUCGCCGUCUCAUGGUCCUCCGGCAAGUUCAACGAGCGCACAUGGCACAUUACCAUUUCCAAAGCCGUCGCCACCUUCGGCUUUGGUCUCGCAUGUGCUGAGAUAGGUGUUGCGGGCCGUUACGUCGCCAUGGUCAUCUUCACUAUCGGUACUUAUGGUGUCAACUCUUUGAUUCUGGGUUGGUGUGGAUCAACAUGUGGUCAGACGCCCGAGAAGAAGGCCGUCGCUAUCGGUAUCGUUACUACGGUUAUGAACGCCUCGUUUAUCUGGACCCCGUACCUCUGGCCCAAGUCUGAUGGCCCACGCUACGUCAUUGCCUUGUCUUCUUCGGCCGCCUUUAGUGUUGCGACUGCGUUGUUCGCGUGGGCUGCAAAGAUUUGCUUCAUGCGCAAGAACAAGAAGCUGAGGGAGGAGGACAGCGAUAACCAUACCUUUUAUGUCUACUAG